AUGGAGACUGCAGCCCUUCAAUGCAUCAUCUGUCCGACGCAGCCCAACUUCAGCGACAAGUCGCACCUGUUGACGCACGCUGCUUCCAAGGCCCACCUGUCCCACUACUUCAAGCUCCAGGUCCGCAGCCAGAAUGAGUCUGAAGCCGUGGAGACACUCAAUCGGUACGAUGAGUGGUUCAGGGACAACAGUCUCGCCAAGCUUUUGUCCGAUCGCAUGACUUUCAAAGAGGCUCGCAAACGGAAGUCGCUGGGGAACGAGACUCCCAGCGCUCAGGCACCAUCCACCAAGAAACAGCUCCUCAGGGCUCCACAAGUGGCUCCCAGUCCGCCAAAGACUGCCCCUCUGCCUGAUUUCUUGGAUCCUCGUCUUGCUGCUCCGUGCAAAGGAGAGCCGGACACAGAUCAAUCGAUUUUGGUCCCAGUCAUCGAUACCCUUACAACAGACCCUGUGCGGGACCCGACGCGGCACAAGGUAUCGAAGCCCAACCCGUUGACCCAGGAUGAUGGAAAUGGAUCUGCGGACAAAACCACCCCGGCCGUGCCAGUUACGCCAAAGCGCCCACGGAACAAGAAAGUAGCCAAACGUUUGCUCUUGACAAAAGAGGACUCUUGUGGUACAUUUGUCGAUCACCCCGAGCCAGUCGAUGACAUCGACUCUGACAAAGAACGAUCCGACGAAAUGACGCGGCUCAAAGGGGUUCUGUGGCCCGGAAUGGACCUUUUUGAUUCUGCGACGAAGCAAAUGCGGCGCAUGCGAAAUCAGAAGAAGGGCGAAGAAGUGCUGAAGGUGAUGGAGAUGAAGUCUCUGUGUGUGGAGCCUACGGAGCUGGUCUUUUCGCCCAAGGGCACCUUGCGGAAGGAGCGUGAGAUCACCGGGAAUAUUGAAGACUACAGCCCACUGAAAGGAGAGCGCCCGACUCACAAGCCCAAGCCGCGUUUUGCACGUUCCAGGCGUCGUGUCCUGCGUCAAACCAACCUCAAUGUGAAACUCCGGGACCGACAGCGGACCAGGAAGGCUGCUUUGCAUGACUCCAGUUCUGAUCCUGAGGAAUCAGCUGAGGAGAGUGCGGAGUCUCCGAGUCCCAUUCGUCGCCACAAGGGUCUCGACUCACCUUCUGGCUAUGAUGGUGAGCUCGGCUUGACUAUGCGAGCGUUCGAGAAUAUUCCUCGCAAGGGCUUUGCCAUCUUCAACGACGAGGAAAACCCCUACAAAAAGGCCAUCACGGACAAGCGUCCCGAGCCUAAUAUGCAGCUUGACACUCUGACCCCAACUCGCCUUGUUCUGGGUCAUAAACUGGACAUGCCUAGCCACAAUGGCUCUGUGGCCGAUCGUGCUUCUGCUGGAAAGGAAAACAUUGAGCCCAUUCUGAACUCGCAGGGCCGUGUCGACACUCACCGAUGGCCGUCUCCGUUUGCCAAGCGCCGUUACCCCAGUGGAUAUGCGUCCGGCUAUCUCGACGAGCAUGACAAGUAUGGGUAUCGACCCAACCCGCUCCUGGCUCCCUCGCCAAAGCUGGCUUUGGUCGAGAACGAUGCAUAUGGUGGGAAUGUCACUACUCACCAUGAUGACUGGUCUGCGAUUGUGCGUGCUGGUUCGCCGGAUGGAACCAUUUCCGGGAACGAAGGUGACUUUGGCCCACUAUACCUGGAUGGCAGUGCCAACUAA